GGCGAAGCAUUCGUUUUGAAUACUUUCUGGGAGCGAAGAUCUGUGUGAGAAGCUCGGGUGUCUUAAUUCGCGUAUAGCGGCGGUCCUCCUAUCAGGAUUUGCACGAUGGCGCAGGCCAGUGAUGAAUGGGAACUGAGCAAAGAGAACGUCCAGCCUUUGCGUCAGGGGAGAGUUAUGUCCACUCUGCAGGAGGUUCUGUCGCAGCCUGAAAGCACUAGCCAUGUGGCUAUUCAGCAGCAGAAACAGGCUUUUGAGCUGGAGCUCCGCUUCUACACUGGUGACGAUCCCUUGGAUGUCUGGGACAGGUAUAUAAAAUGGGCAGAGCAAACAUUCCCCCAGGGGGGUAAGGAGAGCAAUCUGUCCCCGCUGCUUGAGAGAGCUGUUAAGAUUUUCCAUGAAGACAAGCGGUAUUAUGGAGACCUUCGAUAUCUUACCAUCUGUCUCAAGUUUGCACAUUUCUGCUCAGAACCUCUUGAUCUGUACAGUUACCUGCACAGCCAACAGAUUGGGAUCUCCCAUGCUAUACUCUAUAUCACAUGGGCGGAAGAAUAUGAGGCUCAAGGCAAUUACAAGAAAGCCGACUCCAUUUUUCAAGAAGGUAUCCAACGUAACGCAGAACCUAGUGAUAAACUGAAAACCCAUCAUCGGCAGUUUCAGGCCAGAGUUUCCCGUCAGGUGCUAAAGGGAAUCACUGAGGGUGCGGAUGACGAUGUUGCGGAGGAUGUUGAGCCUCAGCGUAACUCUCUGAUUGAUCUGAAAUGCAGAGGCAAAAAUAAAGCUCGAGCCCCAGUGAGCAGAGUGGGCGACGUCACCAAAUCACGCAGUCAAGGUCUUGGUCUACAGGAGUCUCUCCCACAGCAGAUUCCUAGCAGAUCUCAAAUUCCUGUGUUUGAUGAGAAUGCUAUGAUGCCACUCGCUUUAGGGCAACCCCCAUUAAACUCUCAACCAUGGCCUGCGCUCCCACCAGCAAGGGCUAAGGAAAAUGAACAGAAGGCUGGGCGCUGGAACUCAGGCCGGUCAUCCCGCAGCACCAGUCAGUUGCCCAAUUCUGAUCUGCCCCUGAGCGCACCCAGCUUCACCCCAUAUGUUGAUGAAACGGCAGAACAGCUGACUGUGACGCCCUGCAAAAUUAAUCCAGCGGUAACGAGCGUCCUGAGUUCUCGCAAGCCUGGGAAGGAGGAGGACCCCUUGCAAAGGGUACAGAACCAUUCACAAGAGAAGGAAGAGAUGGUGAUGUAUUGCAAGAGCAAAGUCUAUGCUGGAAUGGAGGAAUUCUCGUUAGAAGAAAUCAGGGCAGAAAUAUACAUGGCAAAAUUGCGCAAAAAGAGAGAAGAGGAGUUAGAGGCCUGUGCCCAACGAAGACUAGAAAUGGAAAGGAAGAUUGAGGAGAUGGAAAAGCUACUGAAGAGUACAGGUGUUCAGGUUGAACAGAAAGUACUUGAGCAGUCUGUUCAAGAGGAGUGCUGCGCAAGUGAUCCAGACACAAUUGCCCAUUCUGAAUCGGAGGUAGAACGAUGCGUCCCCCAGCAUCCACGCGACACUGAGGUUCUGGACUCCCACUAUACGGUUUCCACUCCUGUUCUGUCAAGGCCUGGAAUUGUGUCCUUGCAUAAUGCUCAGGAGAACCAGCCCAGCAGUAUGGAACCUGAACUAGGUGUGUCACCAGCGCCUCCUUCUGAUGUCCCAUUUACCAUUUUCGAUGAGUCUUCUGAAAUGCAACCCAGCGUGUUGCUUAAGAACCCGAUGCCUCCUGUACGACGGCCUCUUGCUGUUUCUAAGACAAAAACUCUCGCACAAAACACAUCUGUCGAUGUACUCGAUGGAAUGGAACCCUUAACAGAAGAGGCAAUUGUGUGCGGCUCGCACAAGAAUAAAUCUCUAUUUCCAGACCCAGAAGACACAUGUGACUUUGUGAGAGCUGCUCAGCUGGCAUCAACCCCAUUCAACAAGGCCAGAGAUGAGUUGGAACAGUCUGUGCCAAAUGACGCGUCCAUGCUAGAGAGACUUCCUUUGCGAGAGAAGACGCCUGUGUAUGAAGAGUCCUACCGGAAGGAGAACUGUAUAAAAAAACUCAGUCCAAUUUUAGAAGCAAGCCAAGAAGAUGCUCGCUCCUCAGUCUCCUCGGUCUCAUCUGUAUCCUCAUUAUCCAAUGUCACCGGUGUGUUCCCUUCCAAAACCCUGCAAAUCCUAGACCGCUUUGAACAUGCAGACCAGAUAACUGGUGUGUGUGAGCUCUCCUCAGGACCUACACCGUCACUGGAAAUUGCUGAGCUGCACAAACAGCUUCUAGAGCCUAUGUGUGAGCUGUUUGGGUCUCCGGAGAUACAGCACGAAGCUGGGCCACUGCCUGCCAUGAAAGAUCAGGAAGAAGUGACCUUGAGCUGUGAAACUUACACUUUGAAGAGCGAAAUCCUGCUUAACGAAAAGAACAGGCUUUAUACGGGGGUUCCGGCCGACAGCGACUUGGAAGAGAGUAAGGGUGUUGUGUUGAAAGUAGCUUAUCAGCCAGUUCCAUGGGAUUUAUAUAUUUUACUCCAGCUGAAGGAGCGUCUUGGAAACUCUUUUGAGACGGACUUUCUUGAGCAAAGUUCUUGCUGCUUGUAUCAAAACGGUUGUAUUACUCUGUACAAAGAUGUUAAUUGCUUCAGUAUUCAGGACAUCCUACACCACAUUGAGGAAGACAUUGAGGAGGAUAUUGAGGAAGGCGUCGAGGAAGUCAUUGUGCUUGUUGCCUACAACUUGCUAAACCUUGUAGAAAAACUGCACUCUGUAGAGAUUGUUCAUGGAGAUCUGAGACCAGAGAUCCUGCUGAUGGAUGAUGGACUUUUUAACUCAUCAGCUUGUACAGAGAUGGACAGUUUAUUCAAGCUAGUUGACUUCUCGAACAGUAUGGACCUCCGGUUAUGUCCCACAAUGAACUUAAGUGGUUUUCCAGUAGCACAAACAGAAUACGGCCAACAAAUUCAUACUCAUUGGACCUCACCGUACCAGGUGGAUCUCUUUGGAAUCGCAGAUGUGGUGCACUUGCUGAUUUUCAGGUCCCAUUUGCAGGUUCAUUAUGAAGAUGGAACUUGGAAAAUAAAAAACGAAAUCCCCAGGCGGUCGUUUGGAAGCAUAUGGGAUAGCUUCUUUGGAAAGAUUCUAAAUGGCGAUGGCGAAUCCACAGCAGACAUUCUGAGGGAUCUGAAAGAGGAGAUGAAGGGGUUAUCUGACAGCUGUUUUCAGGACAAACUCUGCAAUUAUUUAGUGAGGCUGCAAAUGAGAGUCAAUGUGUGAGAGAGCUCCGGCCCUCCUCUAAAUGGCACAUUCACGUUCCAUUAUUUUAACUGGCUCUUCUCUGUAGGCUAAGCAGGUGGAUUCCUCCAGUGAAGCCUGAAGAAGAUUGCCCAUUUAUAUGUUUGUCUGUAUCACAAUAUUGUAAAAUAUGUAGACUAUUAAAUGUUUUUUUUCUGGCUUAGCACCUCUAAAA